AUGUUAUCAUCGUUGCCUCUCGGCGGCUCGUUUGUUUACGCGCCUACUGGCCAGAGUAGACUUCAUCCUUCAAACAAGUACAUUUUUCGUUAUUACGCGCAAUCCAGCCUUCGGCAGAGCCUGCUUGGCCUGAACAACUCUCCAUUCCUGUUUCCCAGACAGGGCAUCUGCCAUGCCACCAAGUCACCUGGCCCUAUCAACUGCCGAGUCGAGCAGACGAGUCAGAAACGGAAGUCUGGGCUGGAGAAGAUCUAA